AAUUUUUCCAUGGAUAAAUUUUUUUUUAAAAAGAAUAAAAAAAGAAUAAACUAAGUAUUUACCGCGUAUACUUGAUAUGUAUAAAACAAUAUCAUUAUCGCAAGAAAAGAUUAUUUUUUAGAGAAGAGGUGACCUGCGGUUCAAACAGACUAGCAUGUAUGUUAACCGAUCGAAUUGUUUACCUGGUACAAGUACUUUGAUCAGUUCCAUAGGUCAUCCGCGCAGUAAAAUUUUCUGAAGAUAAUUCAAUCUUGACUUAGCAUUAAAGAAUAUCAAAGCCAAAAUUUAAUUAACAGUGAUAAAUAUGGAGGAAUUCAUUGUAAAUGGGCCAAAAGAAGAUGUUUUGCCACCAAGUUGCAACUCUUUUGCAGAAUUAAUGAUUGAUUCUCUAAAACGCCACUAUAACACUACUUUGCAGGUGUGUGCAUUGACAAAUGUGGAAACUACUGGAGGUCAAUUAUUGAAUAGAGUUCAUAAGCUAACAUCUGCACUGCGUUCAGCUGGUGUCACUUCAGGGGAUGCAGUGUCCAUCAGUUGUGAAAAUCGAGUGGAAUUCACAGUAGUAGCAUUGUCAGCUCUAUGUGUGGGAGCCGCAGUUGCUCCUACAAAUAUUACAUACUCACCUGAUGAACUUCAACAUGCAUAUAGUUUAUCGAAACCAAAAAUUGUAUUUGCUUCAUCAUAUUUGGUUUACAAUAUACUCCAAGUAGCACCUAAGUGUCCAUUUCUGAAGUAUAUAAUUGUUUUUGAUGGUGAAGAAUCUGAAGAAGAAAAUGUUAUUACUAUAGUACAAUUUCAAGAAAAAUUUCAAAGUAAUUUUAUUAAAAAUGAAGACUUCUUUGUUACACCAGUUAAUGUAAAAUUUCAUACUGCUGCCAUUUUGUGUUCUUCGGGUACUACUGGAUUACCAAAAGGAGUUGAACUUACUCAUCACAAUUUGAUAGUCAGCCUUGCACAUUGGAUGCAUCGAGCAUCAACUAUUGAAGACGCAGUUCGAGUUUUGGCAAUCAUACCAUGGUUUCAUGUUGGUUUUGUAACUUCUAUGACAAUAACUGCUUUUGGUGGGACAAUGGUUGUAUUACCACGAUUUGAUAACGUGUUGUUUCUCGAGAGUAUUCAAAAUCAUAAGGUCACGUUUCUUUUUACUGUACCGCCUUUAUUGGUUUUCUUAACAAAAGAUCCAUUAGUGCAAAAAUAUGACCUGAGCAGUGUAAGAAGGAUCAUGUGUGGGGCGGCUCCUUUAAGUAAAGAGUUACAAGAUGAAGUUUCUACCAAGUUUAAUUGUACUGUUCAACAAGGAUAUGGUCUAACUGAAACAACAUUAGCUGUACUUUCACAAACUUUAGAAUCUGGUAAUAAAUAUGGCAGCUGCGGCGUUCUUGCGCCUGGUACGUCCGCCAAGGUUAUUGACAUUGAAAGUGGAAAAGCACUGGGUCCAAACCAGCAAGGGGAAUUAUGUUUUAAAGGUGACUUGAUGAUGAAAGGCUAUAUUGGCAACCCAGGUGCAACAGCUGGUAUGAUAGAUAAAGAUGGCUGGCUUCAUACGGGUGAUAUUGGUUAUUAUGAUGAAGAUGAACAUUUUUUUGUAGUCGAUCGGCUGAAAGAGUUAAUUAAAUAUAAAGGGUUUCAGGUACCACCGGCUGAAUUGGAAGCCUUACUUCUAACUCAUCCUGGUGUAAUGGAUUGCGCCGUUAUAGGAUUGCCAAACGAAGAUGUGGGAGAAUUGCCUCUUGCGUUUGUAGUUCCAAGUUUAAAAAAUAAACCUUCAAAAAAAGAGUUGAUAGAUUUUGUUGCAGGAAAGGUUUCUUAUGCUAAAAGACUUCAUGGUGGCAUAGAGUUUAUCGACGAAAUACCAAAAAACCCAACGGGAAAAAUAUUAAGAAGAGUUUUGAGGGAUCGUGUUACAACGCUGAAAAACAAAUUGUGAUUAAUAAUAAGAAAAAAUAUAUAUUUAUCAUAUAAAUAUUAAUGAUGGUUACAGUUUUCUAAUGCAAAUAUGUAUUGGCUUUAAUAUAUUAA